AUGGGGGAUUUCAUGGUUGCAAAUGACUUGGUUGAUCCUGGCUUCUCCGGCCAUGCAUUCACCUGGACAGAUAAUAAAAUGCACGGAGUCGGAUUAAAGGUUAAGAACCUCACUAGGCUGGCUUUGGAUCACUGCCCCAUCCUUUGCUCAAUCCAGGAGGGAGGAAGGAAGACCUAUUCGCAUUGGAUCAAGUUUGAGGAUGUUUGGACGACUUUUCCUAGAGCCUGGCAACUUGUGCAGGAUAAAUGGAAGUUAAAGGAGGAGUUAGAUGGGGAAAUUAGAAUUCUGCAGGAACUUGAAUGCUCGCCUGCUGGGCUCUCUAAGGCUCAAACCGAAUCUUUGAGGUAUAAGGUGCAGCUGUUGAAAUCCACCUUGGCUAGAAUUAUGACAUGGUGGAGUCAGCGAGCUAAGGUGCGUUGGAUUGAGGAAGGGGAUGGGAAUACCCGUUUCUUUCGCACUAUGGCAUCGGCCAGGCUGCGGUCCAAUUUCAUUGAGCAACUGAAUUACCCGAACGGGCAGCCGGCUACGAAGCAAACAGAAAUUCUGAGACUGGUCUACGGUUUCUUUGCGCAGAAAUGGAACGAAAACCCAAUUACCGAAGCUGGAUGGCCCUCAUUGAAUUCUCAGCUAGCUUGCAAAGAUCGGUUUGCUGGGCUGUUGGUUGGGGAGGUAACCCAUGAUGAAAUUUGGCUUGCGGUCAGGUCUUUGGGGUCGAACCGUGCACUAGGAAGGAUGGUGUAA